AACACAGCGUCUGUGUUCCUCAUCAUGCCAGACCCAAAGCCAUAUUUCACGACCGUGGCGGUCCUGCUGAUCCUGGUAGCCAAGACCACAGGUGCCCUGUUCAGGUUCCGAAGUAGCCAGAAGCGAGAGCCAUGGAUUUCAUGUGAGCUUUACCAGGGGAUAUGCAGAAAUGCCUGCCAGAAAUAUGAGAUCCAAUACUUAACCUGCCUAAAGAACAGGAAAUGCUGCCUCAAAUAUCCUAUGAAGAUUACCAGUUUCUAACUCUGCGAGGGAUCCUGGCUUGCCCACCACAAAUGCUUCAAGCUACUCUCAGAUUGGAAUGUCACCAGCAUUGUCCCUUCUUGUAGUAAUUUACCCCACAUUCUGGAAUGUUCUCCUCAUAAAAAUUCACUCCU